UUUCUCGUUAUGACAUAGAAUUUAGAAAUUUUGGGUGUUAUUGUCAGGUGCUUGGGAGACAGACAACGCUAUAACAGCAAAUGGCUUGAACAAGUUCUUCGGCUAAGAGGUCCCGAUGGUCUAAUUCGAAUCCUUGAACUGAUUGACAUUUCGGUCCGAAUCUGAGGGGAUUGUGCUUCCAUUUUUGUUCAAAUGGUCUCUGGAGUUACCACCGAGAUUCGUUCUCAAGGUGAUCGUUCUUGGGGGAUAUUAGUUUUUUGCCAUUUCACGUGCCAAUGGGAAUCGACUAAACAAUAGCUGAUUGAUUUUAGAUGAAUUUUGUGACAAUGGCAGAGCAACGGACUGAGGAUGGUAGCUCAAUGAAGGAAGGAGAAGAGGUGGAGAAGGAGAAAUUGAAGAAGAAUGUAGAUCCUGAACUUCUCAGCUGCUUGCUUCAACCUAUGAGUAUUGGUGUUGAUCCGGAUUAUAUUGGGAUUCGUCGUCUCUUGCUUUAUCGGAAGGCUGAAGCCGCGAUUUUCCGUCGUAAAGACUGGAGGUGCAAUGGAAAAGGUUAUGUGGCAUUCCGCAAUUUCAUACGCCGGCCAAGGAAUUGGGAAAGCUCACGUUUACCAAGUCUUCAAAGCACUCCUGGAAACAGUGGAAGAUGGGUUCCUCCUCAAAGUCCACUCUCUCUCUUGCAUGAGGUGGAGAGUUGGAGUUCUAGCAAGGACUUGCAAAGUCACCGAAGAUCAAGUUUUAGCUCAAGUGCAAGUGAUAAUAGUCCGCUGCAGACCCGUAGAGUUGAAUUUGCAUAUUCUUUUGUAGGAAUGCAUUGUAUAUUUGAUCAAUGCAAAGCCGCUGUCACGGUCGUGAAGUUUGGACACAUGAGCUCUGAUCUAUUAGCAUAUGGAGCAUCGGAUGGGACCUUGACUGUAUGCAAUGUCUCUGAACCAUCUUCAUCUGUCAAGCAGUUGCUAGGACAUUCAAAAGACGUCACAGACUUCGAUUUUUCAUCGAAUAAUCAGUACAUUGCAUCAUCAUCCAUGGAUAAAACCGUUAGAGUAUGGGAGAUAUCGAAAGGACUUUGCAUUAGAGUAAUCUAUGGAGUAUCUUCGCAAUUGUGUAUACGUUUUCAUCCGGUAAAUAAUAACUUCCUAUCAGUUGGCAAUGCAAAUAAGGAAAUCACGGUGUAUAAUUUCAGCACGGGGAGGAUUGUGACAAAAUUAGUUCUUGAUAGUGAGGUUACCUCCAUGGAUCAUGAUCACACUGGUCAGCUCCUUUUCUGUGGGGACGCAAAUGGGUAUGUUUACUCUGUGAGCAUGAACUCUCAUACAGGAGCAUUAACCCGUACUCACCGCCAGUGGUGUAGUAGUCGGCGAAAAUCUCCUGUAUCCACCGUGCAAUACCGAAGCUUCUCUCUGCUGGCCAGGAGCCCUGUAUUGCUAACUUGCACUCAAGAUGGGAACUUGUCUUUCUUCAGUAUUGCUUUGGAAGUUCAAGGAUAUUUGACCCUCCGCUGCUCACUCAAAUUAGCUCCAAGGAUACAUAGCAUCCGUGCUUCAUUCUGCCCCCUACUUUCGCUUGAAAAAGGAGAGUACAUUGUUGCAGGAAGUGAGGAUUCAAAUGUCUACUUCUAUGAUUUAACACGACCUAAACAUACUUGUGUCAACAAGCUACAGGGCCACCGGUUUCCAGUUAUCGGGGUUGCCUGGAACCAUGGGGAGAAUCUGUUGGCUUCGUCAGAUUUUUAUGGGACGGUAAUUGUAUGGAAGAGAUCAAAGACGAGUUAGAAUGAUAAAUGCGUGAAUAAUUUUCUAAAUGGCUCUGUUGUACAUCAUUCUUCCCUUUUGUGCUCCAUAAUUUUGCCACUCUUUUAUCAACUACAGAUUAUCGCCAUAUCUCAGCGAAAGUGUUUUAUUCCUUUUUAGCCCAAUUGUUUCUAGAAAAAAGGAGAGUGAUCAUAUUAUGACUAUACCUCUGUAAUUAAAGUGUAACAAAAUGUCAUCUAGUUGAAGUUUUGGAGUGACUGAUGUGUAAACAAAUGUUCAACUCUUGAUGGAAUGUGUAUGAGGUAGAACAGAAAUGAAAAUUAAUUGAAUAAAAAGACCAAGUCUGAAAGAGACUUUCCAAUAUAGUAGUGUAUUUGCUACUAAUAUCAAUUUCAACAAGCAAUUGAUUGAAAUGGAAAGUUUUAGAUGAGUUCAACUAUGAACUGUCACUGCUUCAUGAAACCAACUGGACAAACUCUUGGUAAUUAAGAAAUUAGAGGCAGAGUUUUUAUUCAUAUAUACCAAGCGAUAAAGCUUAUCGCUAGAAAGAGAGAAAAAAAAAAAAAAAAAAGAGAA